AUGGCGGUGUCACUGCAGAUGGAGAAGAAGACACGGACAAGGGCCCUGCUAGGGAAGGCAGUGGGCAACUUCUGCACGGUUUGCUUCGUCCUCGGCCUGCUGCUCAGCGGAAGGAUGUGGACGACGCUGCUCAAAGGGUGUCGCUCGGGCCAGAAGACCUCCACUGUCUCAGAGAGAACGGCGAGCCGAGGGACGUGA